CAGGCAUACCCAUUCCGCCUCCGCCAGUGUUCAACUACCCUCUUACUCCUCCAUUAGAUUCUCCUCCCAUUACCACCCCAUCACGAUGCUUAGUCCAGAGUUUUCAACUACAUCCGCCACAUUCCCCAAAUUCAGCCUUCUCCCCCCGGAACUCCGCCUCUCCAUCUGGCAACACUCCCUCCCCACCCCCAUCCACCAAGGCCUAUACAUCUACCAAAGGGGGUGUUGGGAGACCCACAGCGUAUCUAAGGAUGAAUUCCACCUCAGCUUCAAUCUUUCAAGUCUCACCACCAUGAAAGUAGACGUGCCUCCCUUCCUAGUCAACCACGAGGCGCAUUCCGUAGCGCAAAACUGGCUGCGUCAGCAAGCAGGAGCCCUCCUCUUCCACUGGACCCCUGAUGGCUUCCACUUCACGCGGCCCUUUCAGCCGGCUUCAGACGCCCUAUACGUGCCGGACUCUCGGUACCUAGAAUUUCUUUCUGAAGGCUCAAAUCUGGCCUUCGCCCCUGAAUAUGAAGGCAUGAAUUACAAGACCAGCCCGCCUGCGCUCCUCUGCCUCGCCCUUCCCCGGUCUCUAUUGGAGCGUGAGAAGAAGGUCAUCACGUCCGUGUUCGAUAUGUUAGAGUAUCAAAAUUUUGAGGAGGUUUUGGUGGUUGAAGAUGUCUCGGAGGAUGAUGAGGGGCGUCUAAGUGUGCUACCCCGGGUGCAGAGGCCUUUGGGGUGGUCGGUGGUUCCUGGGUCGGAGACGCUGGUGUGGCUUAACUUUGCGAGGGCAUAUCGCCGGGAGGGAUAUCGCAAGGACAAUGAUGCAGUUGCGUUCGCGCGGUUGGUAGAGCGGGCGAGUGUGGGCAUUGGUGCGUGGGUUGAGUGGGAUUACGACAGACUCCUCAAGGUCAGGCGGGUACGCGCAAUUCGGGAUUGA